UUCGGUGAUAUAAAAUGACUAAAGAGCACCAAAUUGAUAACAUUAAUCAUAACAAGAACAUCCCACAUCUCACAUCCCACUAACUCAAUAGCAACAAUAUUUGUAGACGUGUUUUAACUAUCGACAACAACCAACGAAAGAUGAAUAAUUAUUACUGUAAAUUCAUAUUUUAUACGAUAUUUCUGUACAAUUUCGUUUCACCUUCACCUUCAGUUUCACUGGGAGUGACCAGUUGCUUCAGCUGCAAGGAUAACUGCAAUGAUCCUUUCGAUACCUCCGAUGCAUCCAUCCAAAAUUGCGAGACAGGAAUAUACCAGAAAGGCAGCAACAAGACUAAUCACAACUUUUUAUUGGAUAAAGCCUUCCUGGUUAUGGGCAAUAAGAGUUCCGGUUACGUUUGCGGCAAAUUCAUCAUGGAAUUUAAUACCUCCGGCAUUAUAACUACACAACGAAGAUGCAUGGACAAAAAUUACUUCAGCAAAACACCCUGUGGCAUAGUCGAAAUUGUAGCAAGUUCAUCCCACAUGAAACUGUUGAGCUGUUCCAUAUGCGACUCAGAGCUGUGCAACUCCGCGAUCGGAUGGAAUUCGUUAACUUCUUGGGUUAUAUUAGCUCAGGCUACUGUUGUUUUAUUUUUAUAGAAAAUGUAUUGUAAUGCUAUAGUACAUUUAAAAACGAAUGGUGAUAUUUUGUAUACGUAAAUUAUGUGAAACUUAGCUUAGGUUGAACAAAGAAAGA